CGGAGAGCCGUGCUCGUGGGGCCGGCGCCGGGCGCGGGGGGACGGAUCCCGGCGCGGAGACGGGUACCGGCCGUGGGGUGAGCCGCGGCGCUGGGGCGAGUCCCGCUCGUGGGCCCCGGAGUGAAGCCUGGCCGUGAGACUAACAGGGAUGCCAAAGGAAAAAUAUGAUCCUCCAGAUCCCCGCAGAAUUUACACCAUCAUGUCGGCGGAAGAGGUGGCCAACGGGAAGAAGUCGCACUGGGCUGAAUUAGAGAUCUCGGGGAGAGUGCGGAGCUUAAGCACGUCGCUGUGGUCGCUGACACACCUGACUGCUCUGCACCUCAAUGACAACAACCUUACUCGCAUUCCACCUGAUAUUGCCAAGCUUCACAACCUGGUUUACCUGGAUCUGUCAUCCAACAAACUCAGAAGUUUACCAGCAGAACUAGGAAACAUGGUGUCUCUCAGGGAAUUGCUUUUAAAUAACAAUCUGUUACGGGUUUUGCCUUAUGAACUUGGACGGCUCUUCCAGCUGCAAACCCUGGGUUUGAAAGGCAAUCCUUUAUCCCAAGAUAUUCUCAGCCUCUACCAGGAUCCAGACGGAACCCGAAAGCUACUGAACUACAUGCUUGACAAUCUAGCAGUUCAUCCAGAGCAGCUGCCUCCAAGGCCAUGGAUUACUUUAAAAGAACGAGACCAAAUUCUGCCCUCAGCUUCAUUUACAGUCAUGUGUUACAAUGUGUUGUGUGAUAAAUACGCCACCCGGCAGCUCUAUGGCUACUGCCCCUCCUGGGCACUCAACUGGGAGUACAGGAAAAAGGGAAUCAUGGAAGAAAUAGUCAACUGUGAUGCAGACAUCAUUAGUCUUCAGGAAGUGGAAACGGAGCAAUACUUCACCCUUUUCCUGCCAGCCUUGAAAGAACGGGGAUACGACGGGUUCUUUUCUCCAAAGUCACGUGCCAAAAUCAUGUCGGAGCAGGAGAAAAAGCACGUGGAUGGCUGCGCGAUAUUCUUCAAAACGGAAAAGUUCACUCUGGUGCAGAAGCACACGGUGGAGUUCAACCAGGUGGCCAUGGCCAACUCGGAGGGCUCGGAAGCCAUGUUGAACAGAGUGAUGACCAAGGACAACAUCGGGGUCGCCGUGGUGUUGGAGGUGCACAAGGAAUUAUUUGGAGCAAGUAUGAAAUCGCUUCACGUGGACAAGCAGCUGCUCAUCGUGGCCAAUGCCCACAUGCACUGGGACCCCGAAUACUCAGAUGUGAAACUCAUCCAGACCAUGAUGUUCGUCUCAGAGCUGAAAAACAUCCUGGAGAAAGCCUCGAGCAGGCCCAGUAGCCCGACAGCAGAUCCCAACUCUAUCCCUCUGGUGCUGUGUGCGGACCUCAACUCACUGCCUGAUUCAGGUGUAGUGGAAUACCUGAGCAACGGCAUAGUAGCUGACAACCACAAGGACUUCAAGGAGCUGCGCUACAACGAGUGUCUGAUGAACUUCAGCGGCAACGGCAAGAACGGAGCCUCGGAGGGCAGGAUCACGCACGGCUUCCAGCUCAAGAGCGCCUACGAGAACAACCUGAUGCCUUACACCAAUUACACUUUCGACUUCAAAGGUGUGAUUGACUACAUUUUCUACUCCAACACUCACAUGAACGUGCUGGGCGUGCUGGGCCCUUUGGACCCUCAGUGGCUGGUGGACAACAACAUCACGGGGUGCCCGCACCCGCACAUCCCCUCGGACCACUUCUCGCUGCUGACGCAGCUGGAGCUGCAGCCGCCACUGCUGCCGCUGGUGAACGGCAUGCACCUGCCCUCCUGCAGGUAGUGCAGCCCCACGGGCUGCCCCACGGACCUGUACACUUGUAAAUCCCUCUAGAUAGGAGUGAAGUAUGGCCAACCUUCAGCUGCUUCUUCGAGCUCCUUUCCUUAUGUGUUUGAUAAGAGAUUUUUGCACAUUUUGGUGCAUAUCGGUAUCAUUUGGCACUAGGGCUGGAACCAAAGUAUUAUUCCCCUUUCCAGGUUUUUAAUUUAAUUUUUGUUUGUGUUUUGUUUUGGGUUUUUUUUUUAUUUUACUUUAAACUGGCUUUUUCUUUUCAGUAGGAAGCUGCACUUCUAAAUGGACAAAAAAGAUUUAAAAACUUGCAUUUAACAUAUUUCAAGGUAAUGCUUUUUUCCAGAACGUGGCAAAUUGAGCCAACCUUUUAGAAAAAGAAAAACAAAACUAGGGAUGCUUGUUUUGUAGGAAGAAUGUUAGAAAUACUCUUUGUUUGAAUCCAAAAUGGAGACUCAACUCUGCAUCCGACAUAAAUUUUGCACAUUAGCAAAGCACUUAAUACCUGACUAUAAACGACUGGCAGCAUGGCCCUGCCCCUCAUCUCAGUACUAUCAGAAAACCAAAGACAUCCAAAGUAUCUGUGAUCAAAUUCGAGCUCUAAAUCCUCCUGGUUCCAAUUUGUUUGGGAGCUGUUGUCAGUCAGGGCUGAAGUAAAAAGCUGCUGGUUCCUUCCCAAAUGUUAAUGCUCUUUGGACGUGUUGGAAAUCCUUGUUUUCUCUUUCCUUUUAAUGCUCUGGGUGGCCAGUUCAAAACCUUGUGCCUCAAGAGGCAUUAAACAUGAUGCAAUUUUCUGGAAAAAGAAAAAAAAAAACGAAACAAAAAAACCAAGUUGUUUGGCUGCUUAAUGUUUAAAAAACAUGGCACAGUGAUAGGAAAAGGUCGUGUCUGUGUUUUUAAGUUUUUCUUUAUUCUGCUUUUUUGCUGCUAUAAGAUUUUCUUGAAUUUCUAUUUGAAACUUUUCAUGCACUUUACUGUUUCUAGUCUCCAAAUGUGAUAUUUUUAAUAAAUGAAAAACAUUUUCCAUGAUGUGAAUGAAAUUUUUAAGCAGAUUGAUAAGCCUAUAUUUAUGUCUCAUUCGUAUACUUCAAAAAAAGUCCAAUUUGAAUUGUGAAAUUAGUUUUAAAUACAAAAGAGCCAUCUUCUGUCUUGCAAAACUGCCAAGUCAGGCUGUUCCUCUUUAAUUAAACAUUUCCUUUGUCAUUUUAUACACAGGAAAUUUUCCAUAGGGGGAAAAAAAAAAAUCAAUUGGACUUAGAGGAGAGACUAUUCCCUGACUCUGAUUGGGUGCCACGGGAGGGGGUGGAGUGGGCCAGAAGGCAAAAAUGGGUUCAGCAAAGUGACAACUCCCUUGGAAAAGUGCCUAAAAAAUGGGGGUGUCACCUAUGGUCUGGGAUCAAUUGGAAGCGAUGGGAGCUGGGGGAAAGUCCUGCACAGCACUUGCUUUGUGCAAAACCAAACCAAACCAACCAAAAAAAAAAAAAAAAAAAG